AUGUCUGCCUCAGCAAUGGUAGAUAAUGCACGUUAUGCUAUUCCUCUGGCUGUUUUACUGGUCGCCAUAGCUCUUGCCAAGCGUGCCGCGAGAAACUCCAGGCCCCCCCUUCCACCUGGCCCUACUCCGCUCCCUAUAGUUGGCAAUAUGCUUACGGUAAAUCCUACUGAACCUUGGAUUACAUAUACGGAGUGGGGAAAGGCUUAUGGUGACAUAAUCUACUCUCGCCUGCUGAACCAAGAAAUAAUCGUUAUCAAUUCGGAGAAGGUUGCAAGAGACCUGCUUGAUCACCGCUCAGGAAAUUUUUCAGACAGACCCACAAUUGUGACCACAGAAUUUUUUGGAUGGUCCUACAACACCGGUUUUAUGCGAUAUGGGGAUAGAUGGCGCCAACACAGACGAUUAUUUCACCGGGUGUUUAAACCCGAGGUAGCUCUUGCUUAUCGCCCUUUGCAAAUGCGGAAAGUACAUCAGUGUCUGGUCGGCUUAAUUGAAACACCUAAAGAAUAUGACAGUCUCUUGCAGACAUUAUCUGCCUCUGUUAUUAUGGCGAUUACCUACGGGUAUGAUACGGCCCCACGUCACGACCCGCUGGUAGCAGUCGUCGAAAGCGCGAUUACCCUCGCUCUCGGUGCAAUAACACCCGAGGCAGCCGCAAUACUCAGCGCAUAUCCAUUCCUCCUUCGACUACCCUCUUGGUUCCCUGGAGCAGGUUUUCAAACAAAGGCUCAGCAGAGCCGCGAUGUCAGCAUAGAAAUGGUCGAAGCGCCUUUUAGACACGCUAAACAGUGUAUCUCUUCAAAUAUACCAAUAUCAUGCGUGUGCUCAGAUCUCUUGAGCAAGGCCAGUAAUGAAGAUGACGUCAACCUCGAGCAAGCAAUCAAGGAUCUUGCAGCCACCUCCUUCGUUGCUGCGGCGGAAACCACUUCUUCAACUCUACUUGUUUUCGUCCUGGCGAUGUUGCUUCAUCCAGAAAUCCAGAAGAAGGCUCAAGUAGAGAUCGAUGCUGUUGUAGGCCAAGGAAGGCUCCCGGAUUUUGAUGACAGAGCGUCAAUGCCAUAUAUUGAUGCAAUCGUUCGCGAAACACUUCGGUGGCACCCCGUCGUACCGCUGGGUAUUGCGCAUGCUGCUACCGAAAGUGACGUGUAUGAAGGAUAUCAUAUACCCAAAGGAGCGACUGUAAUUGCGAACGCAUGGGCUAUGUCACACAACGAAGACAAGUACCCAGAUCCGUAUACAUUCAAACCAGAAAGAUUCUUGGUAAAUGGAGAACUCAAUGACGAUACUGCCAUAUAUGCCUUCGGUUUUGGAAGACGGAUUUGCGUUGGACGACACGUUGCUGAUGCGACCGUAUGGGCUGCUAUCGCUUCCAUACUGGCUGCGUUCAACAUCAAGAAGGACAGGGAUGAGCAUGGGAACGAGAUUGAAAUUGAUAUGAAGUUCUCAUUAGAGAUGAUUAGACAUCCUCUACCUUUGCCGUGCUACUUUGAGUCUCGACUUCCGGGAAUGACCACAGAGAAACUGGUCCAAAUGAUUGCUACGGCUGAAUGA